GGCUGGAUGUGGGUGGUACCCGGGUGGUAAAUAGGCGCUGUGGGGUGGGCUGGGGGCACAGCAGUGGCUGAGGGAGCUGCGGGACUGCGAGUCAGGUGUGGGGAUUCUGCUGGGACGGUGACCUGAGGGGUGGCAGGGCACAUCUGGGGGGCACCGAGGCGGUGGGGUGGGACUGGGGAGCUGCUGAAUGGUUCCAUAGCCAGGACGUGCCCAAGCUCAUCAGACUCACCUCUCUGCCCACCAGGCACCGGAGGCAUCUGAAGUUCCACUGGCAGUGUUGUCUCCAAAGGAUCCUGAAUGGCUCUGGUUAAAGUCAGCUAUGUGGUGUCCUGCUCCUCCCAGGUGCCUGGGGGCUUCCUCUGUGGGGGUGAUCCCUCUGAGCUGCUGGGGUCCUGGGAGAGGUGGGUCAAGGCACGACACGGUGCAGUACUACCUCACCUUGUUAAGCUGAAGGGCAAUGAUUCGCAUCAUUUUUGCUCUCUCAAAAUAAGAGGAUGUUCCUGUAUGUUACCAGAGAGUUCUGUGCUUCUCCCUGUGUGCAGAACAAGCUAGAGCUGGAGGGGAGGGUGUUUAGGGAGGGGUUGGUGCAUGAUGCUGUGUGUGCAGGUCCCAAAGUACCCAGCAGAGAACCUGCUCAGUGAGGAUAGCAUACGGCCCUGACUUGGCUGCCCCAAGGAUCUCAAGGAGCUGAGCAUGGAGCUGUGGCUAAAGAGAGCCAGGCCCAUUGGCUGUCUUGAUGUUGAUAUUCCCUGUUCCCCACUCCUGUGUCCUGGGUGGCACAGCAACAGAGCCCCAAGCAGAGGAACUUGGUGUGUUCAGUCGUGUGCCUGUCUCCAGAACUGCAGCAGCCUGCAGCUCACCUGCAGCCAGCCCUUUGGUCCAUGCAGCUGCUUUGGGCUCUCCUUCAUCCGCCUGUGCAAACCACAGGGGCAGGAGCCUGACCCCCCACGGCCACCCCUGGACACAUGUGGCCUGGAGCCCCUGGAGGUGCUUCCUUGGAGCCCAGAGCCCCAGCUCCCGACAGCUUUGUCCUCCUGCACGGCUGACACUCCCUAUCCCAGGAGAUCCAGGGAGGAGAAGCAAGUGAGGAGCUGCCUGUGGAAGCUGGAAGGGGCUGCCUGGAGCCCAGCCCACCUCAGCCACUCUGCCUGGAUGGUGCUGAGGCCCAGAGCUGGCACGAGCACCCUGGAGGGUCACCCGAACUGCUGGCCAAGGAUGUGGGAGCUCCUGCAGUGCCAGGGCUCCAGCUGCCACCUGAAGGAUGUCCAGGGUGAAAGGAAGAGCCUGAGCCUGUGGCCCCCAAGAGAGAGAAGUCAGGAGGAAUGACAGAGGACAGACCAGCAGUGAUGGGGGACAGGUGUCUGCCCCAUCUGCUCAGGCUGAAUCCUGCUGAAUUCCUGCUGAAUCUGCUCCCCACACAUCCCUCCCAGUGUGGAGAACAACCUACUGUAGCCUGGCCUUCCUUGUCCCCUGAUGCCUGGGUGCCCUGCCCCAUUUGCCAGCUGCCCUUUGGUGUGGCAGAGGCAGAGCAGCAUGCCAGCAACUGCAGGGAGACACCAGGGGCCCUGUCCUCACCCCACUGCCUGCAGGAGGACAGCAGAGCUGGGGACAAAACCUAUGUCACCACCCCUGAGGGCUGAACCUGCAGUACUCAAAGGGACAGAGACACUGCAGCCCCCAGACAUCUUUGGCAAGGCUGGUGUGAGGAUGGAGAAGGUGUUUCCAGCCCCAUGGCCAGGUUUGGUGGGGUUUGAAGUCACUGUAAUAGCAGAGGUUGCUACUGGAGAAGAGUAAGUUAAAGGAGAAAAAUAAGAAAGACAAAAAUCUGCACUAUGACUACUUGGUGGUACAGCAGGCUCCCUGGGUGAGUGUCCUGCCUUGGGACACCCUGUGUAGUUCAGUGAUAGGGCAAGGAGGAGGUCAUGCUUUUCCUCCUCUCAAGCCCUGAUAAGGAUUCCAGUGCAUGUGGACUGCAGGAAGAGGAAGCCAGGACUGCGAGAUCAGGUG